AUGCAAAACGAAAAAACAAUUGGAGAAUAUUCUUAUCUUAUUUCUAAUUAAUCCAAAGUCGGAGCAGGAUAAUUCGGUCAUGUUUAUAAAGGAUAUCAUAACAUAACAAAGUAACAAGUAGCAAUUAAAUAAAUUGAUAAAAAAUUAGUGAAAGGUAUUUUUGAGUAGAUGUUAAGACAUGAAAUUGAAAUUCUUUAACAAUUGAAUCAUAAAUAUAUAGUAAAAAUGUAUGCACAUUAUGAAACUAUUAACAACUUUUAUAUUAUCUCUGAAUAUUGUGAAACAGGUAUUACGCUAUAAUUUUUAAUAGAUAUUUUAUCAAUUCUGAAGCAGCAAAGAUAAAUAAAUGAGGAUUAAGUUAUAAUGUAUAUUCUAUAGAUAUCAGAAGCACUAUUAUAUUUAAAUUAGAAAUGUAUUUGAAUAAAUUUAUAUAGAAAUAAUACACAGAGAUAUUAAACCAUCAAACAUAUUAAUUCAUAAUGGAGAAGUAAGAUUGGCUGAUUUUGGAUUUGCAAUCUAAUAAGAUAAGCUCAAAUUUGAGGAUAAAAAAUUAUAAGUAGGAUCUCCUUUAUAUAUGUCUCCUGAAACCCUAUUAUAACAAGAAUACAAUCAUAAAACUGAUAUUUGGUCUUUGGGAAUAUUGUAUUUUGAAAUGAUUUUUGGUAUUGUUUUUAAUUUAUAUUAAGGGGUGGUGCCCUUCUUUUCAAUGGAAUUGGAGGAUUUAAUUUUAAAGCUAAAAUAAUAUUAAUUAGAUAAUGUUUUAUUUUUUAAACAUCCUAUUUCAGUUGGUAGUACUGAGGCAAUUAGAAAUUUAUUAGCUUAUGAUCCUAAAAAUAGAUGUGAUUUAAUAAAAUUGGCUUAAAUCCUGUAAAAAUAUCUCAGAAAUAGAAAAUCAAUGACAAAUAGUGCACAUAUAGACAAAAGACAUACAACACCAUAGAUUUAAAGAAGAAAUACUCCAGAGGUAACUCCAUAGAAUAAUAGUAUUAUUAUAUCUGGGAGUAAAGGUCUUGUUAAAAUUAAUACUAUUUCUGAAUAAAAGCCAUAUAAAUAAACAACAUAUUAUAAUAAAAAUAAUUCAUUAGAAUUAAAAAGAAUAGGAGAUCCUAUAAAAAAUGAUUCAUUUACAAAAUAGAAAUUUGGUGUGGUUAAGUAAAAAGAUUAUAAUGAUAUAAAAAAUAUGAAUAAUGAAGAUUAUUUAAAUUUUAUCAUUGAUAAAUUGGAAAAUUUAAAAAAGAUUCAAUAAUAAGAUGUAUUGAUAAAAAAUCUAAGUGAAUGCUAGUUUUUUAUAGUAUGAUAUAUUUUUUUAUUAUAGUAUCAAUACUAUGGGACAGAUCAAUAAAAACUUAAAUUUAUUAAAGAAAAGUUAUCAAACCUAUGAAAUAUAUUAUUUUUUUUAUAUUAAUUAUGUAAAUUACGAAUGAGCAAAAGAAAAUAAUGGCUAUCUUAGGAGUUGCUAUAUUGUUACUUGGAAUCUUAUAUCUUAUUGAUUGCCUGAUUGUAUUCUAAUUUGGAUUUCUAGGCCACUUUGUAAUUCAAAAUUCAUUAAUUAAAUUUUAGAUAUUUAUUGUUGGAUUAUAUGUUUUCAUAAAAAAUACAAUAAGAUUAUUUGUAUUUCCAGGUUCUUAUUGGUUAUGGAGAAGAAAUGUCGAAAAUAGAUAUGCAAAAGCUUUAGCCAAAAGAGCCAAUAAAAGAAUGGAAGAUUUAUAAAAUUUGAUAAGAAAAUUAUUGUAGAUACCUGAGUAAUUUAUUAAAGGUAAAUUAGUACUAAAGAAAUCUAUGUUGAAGAUUUAGUACCAAUAAAAAAAACAUUAUAAUCAUUUUUAAACACAUUUUCUUCAUUAAAUUGUAGAAAAGAAUUAAAUGAAUAAUAAAAAUAUCUAUUUGGUUUGUGUUAAUAAUUAGAAUAGAAUUUAAAGGAUUUUUUAAUCGACUCUAAGUCUCUAUACGAUCAAUUAGAUAAUCCAUAAGAAGUUAUUAAUUAUUGUAAACUAACAAUUUAAGUUGAUUCUGAAUAAUGUUCUAAUUUACUACUAAUUUUGGAUAACCUAGUAAAUUAAUUAUAAGAAAUAUAUAUACCUAAAAACAUUAUUUUAGAAGCUGAAAGAUGGAUCUUUAAUAAGACUCUAGGAACAGUUGAUUAAAUGAGAGUAGAAUUAGAAAAUACUUUUAAGACUAGAAGAUUUAAAGUACAAGGAUAUGAUGGAAAAUUGAUUGAUUGGUAUUUAUAUAUUAGAUGAUUAUAGUCUUUAUAUAUAUGCAAAUGAAGAUGAUACAGAAAAUGAUAGAGCAGUUAUAUUUUGUUAGCCAAAUGCUGGAUAUUAUGAAUAUAUGUAUUAUGAAUCAGAAUGGAUUGAUUAUUAUUUAAAAAGAGGAAUAAGCAUGUUUUUAUGGAAUUAUAGAGGUUAUUGUGAAAGUUAAGGAUUACCAAAUACAAAAGAUAUAAUGAAAGAUGCAGAAUCUAUUUGUGAUUAUGUAACAUCUCAAUUAAAAGUGAAUUAAUUGAUAUUUCAUGGUGAAUCUUUAGGAGGAAUGGUAGCAUGUCAUUUGGGUAGAGUUAGAUAAUGCAAUUUAUUAUUUGCAGAUAGAACAUUUUCAAGUAUUAGUAAAAUAGCCUAAGUUGGAUUUUCAAAAUAUGCUAGUUUUUUAUUUAAAUUAUUAACAUCUUGGGAUUAUAAUUCUGCUAAAUCUUAUGUUGAAUGUUAAAGCUAUAAGAUUUUAGCAUUAGAUUAGAAAGAUGAAGUUAUUCCAUUUUUAUCUUCAUUAAAAGUUGAUGUAACAAAAUAAAUAUUCUUAAAAGAAUUUGGAGGCUCAUAUUAAAAUGAUGAGAAUGUAUUUUUAUUAUAUUCUAUUCAUAGUUUAAAUAAAGUGAUCAUAGAUAUACAUUUUGUUAAAAACUAUUAAGAUAUAUACCUUGGAUUCCAAAAUCAGAGAGUACUAUAUUUUAUGAUAUUUGGUAUUCAUAAUUAUUGAAUAAAUAAGAAAUGUUGACAUUUUUUGAAGCAAAUAAAAGGUAAAUUUAAUAUAUCACAUUUUAUAUAGAAUUUAAUAUAUUAUGAAAGAUUUAUAAACUGAAAGAAGCAAAAAGACCUUAGAUGAUUCAUAUUCAGCAUAUAUGAAUGAAUCAUAAGAAAUUGAAAAAUCAUUUUCCUAGAAUUAAAAUUCAACUAAUGAUAUUGAUGAGGUAUGAAUGUUUGUAAAUACUAUGAUCAAGGUUACUUAAUUGGCCGGACCUUAUACUCUUUCUGAAAAAGAGAAAUCUAAUGAAAAUCUUCUAAAAUUUGUAAAUAAAGUUUAUGAAUGUUUUGAAUCUUUUGAAACUGCUUCUAUGACAUUAAAUGAUGUCUUUUCAGCUUUUAGUGAAUCAUAAUAAUAUGAUGUCUUUCUGGAUUACUUAUUAAGUAUAUUCUUAUGGGGAUCCUAUAUUCCACUUAAAAAUAUUCCAAAAAAGAAAAUGAAUACAGUUGUAUGUUAAAAGUUAGCAUUUGCAAGAUUUACAUCUAAUAUUAAUAAAAUUGAAACUCUCAUUAAGAAUGAAAAAAAUAAUUUAGAUUCUCCAAAUGGAACUAGAGUAUUUAUUAAUUACUAAUUAUUAGUUAAUUUAAGAUUUGGAAUUAAUAAUAUAAAGGUUAAAAUUGAUAAGAGAAAACUUUAAAAAAACAUUAAAGAAUUAACAUUAACAUCCAUCACAUUAAUCAGUUUAAAUUGAAAUGAAAGAUUCAGAAGAAAGAAAAUCAAGUAAUUUUUAUAAUUUAUUUAAAUAGCUUCAAAAAUUAAUGAAUCAUUAAAAACAUAUUUAGGUUCCUUUAUUCCUUUAGGAUGCGGUCAUAAUGGAAAUUUGAAUUAAACAGAAGUAGAAGUUCUUGACUUUCAUAUGUUAUAAGCUGGAGUUGUAAAAUAUUGA